GCUACGCGGUCACAUAUACAAGUACAGUGCAAGCUUGGUUGGCUUAUGUCCUGACGCUGAUGCCUGAUGCAGCUCUGACCGAUACAAUUUCGCAGGUUUCCUCAGUUUUUGAAAAAGAAAGCUAUAUUUAAGUGUGGCAUGACGCUUCCAGUUGGGAGAUAGUCGGUAGAGACUCAGACAUUAAUCCCCUGCACUGUGAAAGACUGCCGUUGUAAAAGCCCCUGUUAUGGCAGUACGUAGCGCCACCCUCAGUAAUAAUCUCUGUCACAGCAGUGACAAACAAGCCACUUGCAUGUUGCGAUCCACCACAGAAUGCACGGGUGAGAUGCUUGGAGGUGUCCGAAGAGUUUAGUACAGUAAGGCUGGUGUAGAAGCAUUCAGUGCUACAGACGGAAGCAAUGUCCCCGUCAGACUACGAGGAAUACUGCCAGCUCAACCGGCAAGACAUCUAACCAGAUGGUGGAGAUAAAUCAUUGUGUACCCAGGCUGCACCUUAACACAUCAGCAUAAGAUCGGUAUAAUGGAAAAGCACAAAUCUUGGGUAGAUAAGCCAUCAAGAGGAAAGCACACGGCUGUGUAACUGCAAGGACAGGAUUGAAUAUGAUUCCUCGUCGGCAGAGUGGUACAUCGAUCCUUUAACAUCACGUUAAACUUUACGCGCCACCAGCUUUGACAAUGCAGGAACCACCAAGUAUCUUCUGAAGGUUUGGAGAGCUCCUGAGCUAGUCCCCGACGGCAUCAUCGCCAUGGUUUUCUGGACUGUCGAUUGGGGCAUGAUGGUAUGCCUUAUGCUGACCGUAACUUCGGCCAGAACACCGGGGGUAGGAGUAACCGAGUGCAACGGGAACGUCACCAUGGAAACCGGCUACUUGUGCGUUGAGGACGGUCGAUGGAUCAGGCUUGAGCGGGUGUGUGACGGGCUGCCGGACUGUGGACGCCUAGCAGACGACGAAGCAUUCUGCCUGGACUCCCCACAGCCGCCUAUGUGCCGUGAUCUCUCGGGCAAUUCCCCGGUCUACAACUGCAUCAACACAACCGACAUCUGUCUGCCCCACAGGUACUUCUGUGACGACUACACUGACUGCGGCAUGGCAGAGGACGAACUUUAUUGUGAUCAGCAGUACAUUCCCGGAUGUAGUUUCGGCGUUCUUCAAGUCACCUGUACCAACGUCACAUUAAGCACAUCUUUUGAGAAGAGCGUACCGAAGAACAUACGAUUCGUAUCCCUGAAUGGAGUCCCGGCGGUAAUGGGUAAAGAGGAGAUGAUCGCCACAGGUCUCGUCAACUGGACGCAUUAUCCCUUCCUCAUCAAGCUGUAUUUAGUAAACAACAACCUGACGCGCUUACAUCUCGGUCAGCCCAACAGUUUGCAGUACCUCAGAUUUUUGCACGUGUCUAACAACAAAAUACGAACUGUGGAAUCAACUUCCUUGUUGGCGGCUCCAAACCUGGUUCAUCUAGAACUACCAAGUAAUGAGAUAGUGUACAUCGAUCCACUGGCCUUCCAGGGACUGACUUCACUAACAGAACUUAAUAUCAUGGGAAACAAGAUAAAGACGCUGAGCACGGAUCAUUUUCGUGCUCUUAACAGCUUGGAGAUCAUAAACAUGAGUCAUAACGACAUAACAGACCUGGAGCCGGGUGUGUUCCAGAAUGCUGUCAAUGUGUCGUACAUGAGUCUGUCUUUCAACAGUAUGAAGACGUUGAAGAAAGGAACCUUUUUGGGCCUGUCCAGAGUAUCAACGCUAGAUAUUGAAAACGUACCGAUUUGGUAUAUUGAGCAAGGGGCGCUGGAAGGCCUAACCGGGCUACGAUCACUACAGCUCUCGUUCAACGCACUGGAGUUCGUUUACCCCGAGACGUUCCGAGACCUGACUUCCCUCCAGCAUUUAGCCAUAAGAGGUAAUUCCCUAUCGACAGUACAGAAAGGAAGCUUCAUUGGACUUCACAGCGUUACAGAUUUGAUUCUGGUCAAUGAUAAUAUAUCGACGGUAGAGCCAGGUGCUUUCCAAGGACUAGAAAAUCUGAUAUUUUUGGAUCUCGGAAAUAAUACUUUCACAGAGCUUCGGGCCGGAACUUUUGCUGGGCUCUCUAAGCUACAAGUACUGUGGAUGAGCCACGUGCCAUUACGACACAUUGAGCCCGGGGCAUUCAGUGGACUGUCAAAUCUUGUGUCCCUAAACAUUCUACACGCAGAUCUUGAUGCGCCGAACCUGGGAAUACUCGAUGGACUGGACAACUUAGAGUCACUGUCCACAAGCGACCAUCGCCUCUGCUGCCUCCUUAAUCCUGCUCAGAAUAUCUCCUGUGUAGGACCUAUUGAGUCCUUCUCAACUUGUCAGCGCCUUAUGCCGAACACCAUCCUCCGCGUGGCCAUUUGGCUCCUUGGAAUCAGUGCCAUCUUGGGUAACCUCUUCGUGAUUGGGCAACGAGGAGUCAAGAAGGGCUGGCACGAGCUGACGGUUCAGUCUAUAUUAAUUACUCAACUGGCCAUCUCAGACACCUUGAUGGGCGUAUACAUGAUCGCCAUAGGCGCUGCAGACGUGCACUUUGGUGAGAGCUACUUUCUGUCGGCGGAGGCGUGGCGCACUGGUGCCUGGUGUAAAGCCAUCGGCUUCCUGUCCAUUUUGUCGUCGGAAGCGUCCGUGUUCUUUGUCAUGUUGAUCAGCGUGGACAGGUUCAUCAGUAUCGCCUUUCCCUUCAGCCGUUUCCGGCUGGAGGUCCGAUUCGCCCGCAUCACCGUCGCCGUGCUGUGGCUCAUCGCCUUCGUCCUGAGUCUGACAGGCACCCUCAUGGCCGGAAAGGAGCCUGCCUUCUACGGCCUAUCUGACGUAUGCGUUGGCCUCCCACUCAUCACCACCCCAGUUAAUCAGUCCACAACUUGGACCUACAUCCGCGAGACGGGCACCUACGUUUACAUCGCCUCUGCAGCCGGCACCCAGCCUGCCUGGGCUUUCUCCGUGUUCCUGUACCUGGGCCUGAAUUUCGUCUGCUUUGCGGUGGUCCUGAUAUGCUACGUGUUGAUCUUCAUUGUUGUGAAGCGAUCAUCACAGAGUGUGGCCCGACAGGGCAAGAUGGCUGGGAAACCCAGCAAUAGCGCCCAUGGAAGCUUUUCGCACCGGAGCGUUACCUUCUCUCGGGAAGUCAAGCUGGCCAGCAGGAUGGCACUCGUAGUCGGUACCGACUUCUUGUGCUGGAUGCCUAUCAUCGUCAUGGGCAUCCUGACCCAGAGUGGUCUUCUGAGCGUGCCCGAGGAGCUCUACGCCUGGACUGUGGUCUUCAUCCUCCCCAUCAACUCCUCGCUGAACCCCUACCUGUACACCAUCUCCAAGUUAUGCUCCAACCGGCGCAAGUCUUCAAAGAAGAAGGCACAGUGCGUCCGCAUGACCUACACGCUACCGAGGCUCACCAACGACAGGAUAUUGAACUCGGCUGUGGACUCGGACACAGUGGCCGGCUUCAUCGGUCGAGAUUCGUGAGGCACAUUUACCCAGUCUCUGGAUGUUUACUGGUCGCAUGAGACCCUUAUGUAUAUAUGCCAACAAACAAAGCAUACCGUUCAACUGAGCUGUAUAGGCCUACUCUCCACAUAGAUUAGAUGUUUGAUUACAACACCAAGGCAAGUGAAAUGUAGCUUGUACAUAAUUAUGUUGUGUGCAUUUCGAAAUUCAAAAUGUGGGCUUCCGCUGGAGGGAGCAUAAGAUCAGACACAA